UCAUAAGUUAGAUUUCCGGAGGAAUAUUUCAAAUUACUGAAGAGUGAUAGGAGGCAUUGUUAUUAUGCCUUUCCCGAAAGCAUCCUCCAUACCAAUAAACUCUGCGUCCACGUCUGAGAGCAAAAAGUCAAAAGUGUCUGUAGCUAAGGAAGUGAUGAGAGGACUUCCUGAACUAAGGGAGAAAAAAAAUAUGGUGGAUCAUUCAAAACCCCUUCCUACUUCCCUUAAAAAUGAGUUCAUUCCUGAGGAAGUUCUUCUUUCUUUAACCUCUGCAGCCAAUGCUGGUCCUUGUCCUGAAAACUUACUGCCUCCUAAGAAAGCCAAACCCCCACAGAAUGUUCUUCCACGCUCUAUAGACCCUGUCUGGCAUCACCCUAUUAGAAGGAAUAAAUUUAAAUAUCUGAUAGACCAACCCGUCUCCAUAAUAGGAGCUGGAAGGGACAUUUCUUUUCUGUAUGAUGUUAAAUAUGUGCGAGGAGAGACUAGGGAGAAUACAGUCUGUCCCCCACAUUUGGACCGUUCAUUGCAGGCACAGGAUGGUGUCAUUGUGCCUCAUAAGCCAAAGAAACUAACAGAUACUUUAAUUCCUGAAGAAUUUCAUAUUGUGUCAAGUACAGGAGUUUCAGGUUUGGAGUGUUAUGAUGACAAAUAUACUACUCUCCUCACAGAUAGUGAAAACAGGCUACUGCUGUUCCCAUCCAUGAAACCUAAUAAAAGAGUAGAAGUGGUCAAGCUGAAUGACGUGAUGGAUGCUAUGCUAGAGAGGGCUGGUGCGGAAAAUCAGGAGUAUACAGGACCAACCAAGAUGCACAAACUGCUACACAUGUUGAAGAAGGAACAGACCAUUUACAACACAGUAUUUCAUGAACUUAUUAGACAAGUCAGUGUGGACUGUGCAGAUAGAGGCGAGCUACUGUCUAAAAUCAGACAGAGAUAUGUACAAAUGCUUGACCAAAUUGCUCGGCAGAUGAUUGAUUUCUACAAAGACUUGGUAACUCAGCGAAUGAUGGACCAGCGCAUUUUAGAAGAAUUGUAUAAUUUUAAGCAUGUUAUUGAAGAACUGACCAGGGAAUUGUGUCUGGUUCGAGCACAUGAUGUGAAAUUAACAAAGGACGCUGAGAAGGCCCACAGGGAUUUGGCACAAGCUCUUUUAGAUGCUGAAAAGAAUGCCAAAAUGGUGGAAGAAUACCAUGAUUUGUAUAAAUUACAAAGAAACAGGAUGGAGAAUGAUAUUAAACAGUUAAUGACUGAAAGAGAUGUCUGGAGUACAGCUACAUAUGACUUGGCUCUAAAGGUAAUUGAAAGAAAUAGAGUCGUAUUGGCUAAAAGACUUUACCUUAAUGAAAAAGGCUGGGAUAAACACAGUAAACAUUUCAUCAUACUGCUGUCAACUAAGGACACUGCAGACCUUGGGCUGUUGCAGAAGUUGACACACAAAUGGAAAAACUUAGUGAAUAAAUACAGAGAGGAGAUAGAACAUACUGAAGAGAUUACAAGGAAUACAUUACAAACUAUUAGGGAUGGCCUUAGCAAAUGGCAGGAGCACUUCAAAAAUACUACUGAUAUACUCAUUUUGUCCCCUAAUAAGGCAAAUGUGUUCGAAUUAAUUAUUUUAGACUUCAAGCAGUGGCAAAAGGCGCUGAAUGAGGUGAAAGAAAAAUUUACAGGAGAUGCUCUACUGUCAAAAUAUGAUACUUUUAAGAUUAUUAAACAUUUACAGGAAAACUGGUCAGAUAUUGGGUUUGCAAUAUUUGGUCGCCAUAAAAGUUUGGAGGGAGAGAUGCCACCAGAGCAAAAGCACAUGGACGAUAUUUUAAAAAUCAUAGCAAGACUCUACAAAGAAUUUGAAAUAAGAAUAAAUGGGGACAAUGGUAUCUCUAAAAUUCUUCCAUAUUUGAUUGGUUCUCUUGACCUCUGUUGUUUUAAGCUGGAAAACCUCCUGGAGAAUCCUCAUAUGGCUCUUGAAGAAUGGGAGGGAGUUAAAGAAAAAAUGAAGGAAAUGAAAUCACAGUUGGACUCCUUAUUAAACAUUAUUGGCAUUGUGCCAGAGUACUUAGACAUGGAUUCUGGCUUGGUACUCCAAGAAAAUAUAUUUAACAUGAUACAACAAUGGCUUUUGAAAAUAGGCAAUGAAAUCAACAAUGGUAACAUUGAACUUCAGCGCCAAGUGGAUGAGUUGCAUAUAUCUAUGGUCCGGUGGAUGGUAAAUUUGCUGAUUUUAAUGAUACCUGACUAUACUGAUCAAACCACUCUCCCAAAGUUAGAGAAGGAAAAUACUGAGAAACGUGAUGUAGGAAUUGCACAAUUAGAGCUAGAUGCGAUUGCACUGACAAGAAGACUGACCCAAUACUCCAGCUAUUUAAGCAGUUGUUGCAAAGGGCUGGUGGCAUCAAUAGCUCUGAGUAAAGCAUUUCACUCACGGAAAGAUGCUGCUAAGGAACUUCAUGAGCUACAGCAGAUGAAGAAAGAAUGUUUGGAAUGGAUCAACACAUGCUCUCACCUCCUUUCUGCUAUUAAAGGCAGAGAAAUAAAAUUGUUUACAUAUGAAGAAAUGGAGCGCAUGUUUGAAGAAGAGGACACUUUAAAAUUAUUCAUUGAUCCUGACAUAGACAAGUCUUUGAAAAAGGAUGAAGAAGAAAGUAAGAAGUAUGAGAAAGUUCAGGAAGAAAAUGAAGAAGAGAAAGCAGAAGAGCAACCUUCAACAUCUACAGAGCAGGAAAAACUCAUUCGAUUCAUUGGAGAAGACGAAAAUAUUCAUACCAAACCUCUGUUUCGUAUAGAAGAUUUGACUUCCUGGAGAGAAGAAGCUAACAAAGGUACAUUGGCCCAAAAGUAUCUUGAAGCAAUGGCUAUAAUUGAAUAUAUGCAAGAUAAAUUAACGGAGGUUGAAAGCAGAGCCAGACAGGCAGAGGAGAAGUUUGAGGAUGUAAAUGAGAAACUCCACUAUACCCUUAUAAAAAAUAAUGAUCUGGAGAAGGAACUAGAGGAAAUAACUAAGGGACCUACACACAAAGAGCCUGAAAGAGAAGAAGAAAAUGAAAAAGAAAAAGGGGAAGAAGAGGAGAAAACAGAAGUAUACGAAGACGACGACGUCAAGUCAGCAGAAGGCUCAAAAUCACCAAAGAAAGAAGUACCACGUGAGAACAUUAAAUCCAGAACCCGGUCUAAAUCCACUUACAAAACGAAAUCUAAGUAACAUCCACAGGGCACUGGGGUUCACAGUGACUAUAUCCACUGAGCACACCCCACAUGCUGUGUGCUAUGGUGCUCACGGUGUGGCUCAAUUUGAGAAACUCCCUUUGUAACAGCUAGAAGAGCCGCAACAUAACAACGCAAGAACAUUUUCGCUUUGAAAGUCACAAUGACGGCUGUAGGGAGUCAGUGCAUUAGCCUUACUUCCCAGAUUAAACAGAGAUUAUGCAAAAGUUUGGUAGCCUCUUCAGUUGAUUUCUUAAUAGAAGUCUCUGAGAAGUGUCGAUUUUUAUCAAGAAAAUAAUGCCUUUUGAAGACUGGAUGCUGCAGAGAAGACUGGCAAAUAAAAAGCAUUAGUUUUCAAUUUGGAAGGGAGGAUCCUGAUGAUGCCCUUAGGUUCCUAAAGCAU